AUGGCUGAACUAAACCAAGUCCUCGAGCUUCUCCAGCAACUUGCAGCAAAGCAAGAUGCUCUCGCCGAAGAGCUCAAACAACAACAACAACAACAACACACCUGUACAUGCGGCAACCACUCCCACUCCUCCGCCGCGUCGGAACAAGGCGUGACCCACUACCCCAACGCUACCCCCCCUCACUCCCCCAUCGCGCCCACAAGUACAGGCGGUAUCGACGCCCUCCGCGCGUCCCGCAAGGACUCCAUGUCCUCUCUCAACGGGCUAUCGACUUCGCCUCUGACUACUGCUCGAAACUUUCUCACCGGCUUGACCAGCACGGAAGGCGUGCACGGUAAUGGGGAUGGCAACGGGGAUGGCGAUGGGGCCGUCACGCCCGCGACGCCGUAUGCAAACUUGAGCUUGGCCGCUGCUGCCCGCGGGGCGGGUGCGCCUGGGGGUCUCUUACCGCCGCCCGAGAAGAAUGAGAAGGAUGAGAAGAAAGGGAAGGGACUGUAUCCCAGUCGUGUGAUCCUUACCACCUACCCGAGUCAGCAUGGUAUCAACCCUACCCCACUCAAGUGGGGCGCUGGUCCUACUGCGCGAGAACGAGGCCCCGUCGUAUGUUCCCGUAUCAAGUCCAACCUCCUCAUCCGGAACGCUAUCGGCGCCCACGCCGGUUCGUACUCUAUCUACCGCGCGCUGUCUAUCGGUAUGGGCCAGCUCCGACCCGAUUGGAGGCCCGACUUGACCAAUACCCACCCGCCGUUUGUGCUUCCUCCGACGCAGGGGUGGUUUGGGAACAAGAUUGUUUCGUUUGAUCCUUGGGGUGCAAUGUCGCAGGAGAUCUGGGCCAAGGAAUAUGCCGAAGGUCUCGACGUCCGCCCCACCAUCUCCCAAACCAAAGCCCACAUCAAGAUCCAAGAACUCGACGAGCUCUUCAAGAAGGGCGAUUUCCCCUGCGACGGCGAUAUCGUCAUCAAAUCCCCCGAGCUCCCCGCCUUCCCCGGCGUCGACCAAGGUAUCGAAGUCAACACUUACAAAGCCGCCAUCGACCCCGUCUGGCACCUCCCCGGCGUCGCCGACCGCCUCGGUAUCGCCGAAUCCACCCUCCGCCGCGCCCUGUUCGAAGACACUGGCGGCAUGUACCCCGAACUCCUCACUCGCCCCGAUAUCAAAACGUUCCUCCCCCCCAUCGGCGGUAUGACAGUCUACAUCAUGGGCGAUCCUGCAAAGCUGCAAGAUCCAGAGACCGAGGUCACGUGUCGGCCGCAUGAUUCGUGUGCGGGGAGUGAUGUGUUUGGGUCGGAUAUUUGCACGUGCAGGCCUUAUUUGAUCUUUGGGAUUGCGGAGGCUUUGAAAUGUGCGCAGAGGGGUGGUGUGGGAGUCAUCAUCUACUUUCAAAAAGAAGGCCGUGCCCUCGGCGAAGUCGUCAAAUACAUGGUCUACAACCGCCGCAAGCGUGGCGGCGACUCUGCCGCCGAAUACUUUAACAACACCGAAGUCGUCGCCGGUGUCAAGGACGCCCGGCACCAAGCCCUCAUGCCCGACGUCCUUCAUUUCCUCGGUAUCAAGCAUAUCCACAACCUGAUCUCGAUGAGCAACAUGAAGUAUGAUGCGAUCAUCGGGAGCGGGAUCACGGUUGGGAAUAGGUAUGAGAUUCCGGAAGAGUUGAUACCGGCGGAUGGAAAGGUCGAGAUUGAUGCCAAGAUCCAAUCGGGAUACUUUUCCAAGAAGCAAGUCACGGACGAUCUCGUCAAAGAGACGAAAGGUCGUAACUGGGAGGACAUUGUGCACUAG